AUGUCAUUGCUUCUUCGCUUCAAUCAAUUGAGGAACAGCAUGUGGAGUAGUUGCCCUGCCAGGUUGCUUAUGCCACAUGCUGGAUUGUCACUUGGAAAGUUGCUUGAUCCAAAAAGCUAUGAGAGGCGCCUUUUCUCAACAAGUGUUCAAGACACGGCUAGUUUGCACAGUGCGAGCCUGGGUUCAUGUAUUUCCGGAAUUCAGCCAUUAAAGUUUCAGCAGACUUCUGAACAUGAGCCAUCUGUGCCUCUUCUUAUCUUUGAUAUUGAGACCACUGGUUAUUUCCAGAAGAUCACUGGUAAUGUCCAGAAGGGUAAUAGAAUCACUGAGUUUGCAGUCCGUGAUCUUUGUGGAGGAAAGAAUAGCACAUUUGAAACUCUCCUUAAUCCUGAGAGGGAUGUUCCUGAAUACCUUGCAACUGUCAAUAACAUUAACACUGAUUUGGUGUGCAGACCUGAUGUCCCGAGCUCCGAGACGUUUUUGUGCAAACGCGUUUUAGAAAAAUGGGUCUUGCGUGCGCCUGGGCAUGGCGCGGAGCUCCAUGGAGAGGAACGUCUUCUGGCGCCGGCACCGGUGCCUGACCUGCGACGUCAGGAGACGCGACAGAACGUCACAGCGGACGGCGGCGUUGGGUGGAGUGGCGACUAUGCUCUGUACGGCCAUGUUGUUGGUGACUUCGUAGUCCUGCCGACCUCCCCGACGGCGUUCAGUGAUGUACUUCCAUUACUACUGGCAUUUGCUCGAAGCCGCCAAACUCCUGGCAAACCAGUUAUAUGGGUUGCCCAUAAUGUAAAACGAUUUGAUGGCCCUUUCCUUGCCCAAGAGUUUGAUCGUUGUUCAGCUCAGAUCCCUGAAGAUUGGCUGUUUGUUGACACCUAUUGCUUGGCAAGGAAAUUGCCUAAGCUUCUGCCAUCAGAAGAUAAGAAACAUCUCCUAAACUUGGAGUCACUAUGCAAACGCUAUGAGAUCUCUGUGGAAGGCCCUUCUCAUAGAGCAAUGCAAGAUGUGAUGGCAUUAUGUCAUGUUUUUCAGAAAAUGAGUUUUGAUCUACAACUGACACAUGAAGGAUUAAUGAAUGAGGCCAUCAACGCUAGUUAUUUCAGCAAGUAUCUUAACUAA